AUGGCUUUCCACAUCCUGGGCACCGUCAAGGACAACUGGUACAUGUUUAGUCCAGUUGAACGUCGCAAUAUCGCCAUCUAUAUUCUCGGAAUUAUGCUCUAUAAGUUUGGCCUCGAAGCUUUUAACGGAUCAGUUGUUGCCCUCGCCACCAAUCGAUAUGACUACGACGCUUUCAAAACCCACUCUCAUCCCAAAACCUUCGAACGCGUUGGACUUCUCACCGGCCUCAACCAGGCAUUCCAAUGCAUCGGCUCCAUCCUUAUCGCGCCUCUUGUCAGGAGGGCAUCCUCAAGGGUGGUCUUGGCCGUAGCAAUUUUCGUCUUCGGCCUUUUCACUGCCCUCCUCCUCGUCCUAGAUGCCAGCACCGGCGGGACGUUUGUCCCUGUCGAGUUUCGGAAGCAUCACCCCAGCAUGGACUUCCAUUACUAUGGCCACUAUGACACGGAUGGCAUGAUUCCCAUCUAUUGUGUCACUGGAGUUGUAUAUGGUAUGGUCGAGCUCAUUCGCCGAGUUAUCCCCAGAGAUAUUGUUGGUGGAAAUGUACAGAAGCUCCGACGCAUGGACUCGCUUGUCCACGUUUUCUAUGAAAUAUCGGGCACCGCUGGAGCGUUUUGUACGGCCCUCGCUUUGAUCCCGCAACUUGGAAAUAACUACUCCUUCAUCAUCACCCCCGUAUGCUUCUGCCUCGCGGGAUGUGUGUGGCUGUGUAUUACCGACACGACCUUCCAACAGCCUGCAAGGGAAAAGCUGCUUUCGGAUCAACCAACAUACAUCAAGGCAGUCUUUGGCUCGUUCUAUCUCUUCGGAGAAUCCCUCUGGACCGGAGCGAAACUUAUCCUCUGUAACCGAAGAUUCGUCUGGCUCAUACCAGGUUACUCUAUUGCCUUUUACGGCCACAGAUAUCUCGAAAACUCAAUUGCACCAGCCGUCGCUAGAAGAUACCUCGGUCACUCCGCUUGGUCUCAGGUCAUUGUCGGCGGGUCAAACUUGGGCGAAUUGCUCGGAGCUGCAUUCGUGUUCUUAUUUACCAACCUCAUCACCACACCCAUCCCUUGGAUACGCGUUGACGCUAUUAUGCUCCUUAUCCUUUGGUACCUGCCAUUCUGGCAUCCACCUGCCAACGAUGUUCGAUACGCAUGGAUAGUCAGCGCCACCUUCCUACCCAUAUCAUUUGGCUGGGCUGCCGGCGACGUCUCACUUGCGGCCUACAUCCAGGCGACGCUCGCACGCGUUGAAUCGAAAACGAAAAACGUCUCUGCCCUCGGCGCGGUCAUGGCAUGUCUUUAUACGACGUAUAUCGUUAUUUACGCAAUUAGCUCCCCAAUAUUGGGCCAAUACAUCGACGAUGUCUAUAUUCGAACCGGUGGUAGCAAAGGGGAUGGGAAUAUCCAUAGCGCGAUACUCAAUGUUGCUGCCAUACAAUAUUCAGUCAUGGCACUUGUCAUCUUUGUCUCAACAUUUGUUCCACAGGGUUCCUUUGCAUUGAACCCCAAGCUCCUAUUCGACCAGAAUCUUGACUCCGACGUGGAGGUCUGCGAAAUCGGAUCGGUCGAGAUGAAGAAGAGCAUGGACCGGAGAAAUACCACUGGAGGGCACAGCGAUGCACGCGAUUCGUGGUAA